AUGUCCAACUAUCUUUAUUUUGACCAAUCUUUCGAUUUCGCCGGCCCAACGCUCUCUUCCGGCCUUCCUUUCGCUUCCAACGACGAAAAGUCACAAACAAGCCCACACUCCGUCCUCGCCGAUGUUCGCGUUCCAAGCUACGACUCUCUUUACGAUCGCCAUCCGCCGCUCGGACCAUCCUCUACUUCUCGUUUACCUUACCUCAACAAGAAUAGUGUUUUCCGACAACCGACUGAUCUGCUCCCGCCUCUUCUCAAGCCUGGGAAGAGUAAGCCUGGCGCUGGUCUGUAUCUCGGCCGCGGCUCUCUUCCGUCGUACAGUGUAUGUGCAGGCGACGACCUCUGGGAUGUCGCCCGUCAGCGCACGCCGUCUGCCGGCUUCGACUCACCUCCGCUCCCUCUCACUCCGCUCCCAAAGUACGAAGCUCAGGUUCCUGUCAACCAUGGGCCGGGCCCGCGCGUCGGGAACAAACGCAAGGCACUCCUGAUCGGCAUCAACUACUACAACGCAGCCGGGCGUAAACCACAGUUGAGAGGCUGCGUCAGAGAUGCACACAACAUGCGACAGCUCCUCAUUCAACGCUUCGGGUAUCGGCCGGAAGACAUGAUCCUGCUAAGCGACGAACCGACCCAGAGGGACUACAGACUUCGGCCUACCAGGGAUAACAUCAUACGCGCUAUGCAGUGGCUUGUUCAUGAUGCGCGCCCUGGAGACUCGCUCGUCUUCCAGUACGCUGGUCACGGCGAUCAAGUUCCUGAUGAAGAUGGCGACGAGGAGGAUAAGCUGGACGAGGUCAUUUGUCCCGUUGACCACGAGGAGAAUGGUGUCAUUGUCGAUGACCAACUUCACGACUACUUGGUUAAGCCACUCCCUGCGGGCUGCCGCCUCACCGCCAUCUACGACUGCUGCCACUCCGGUACUGCCCUCGAUCUGCCGUGCACCUAUACGCGCGAUGUCGAACGCGGGAUCCUCGGCUCUAAGAACAUGUACGCGAUGGGCACCAAGACGAGCCCAGCGGACGUCAUCUGCUGGUCUGCUUGCGCAGACUGCGAGCAGGCCGCGGACACCAAGAAGACCGGUGUGAUGUCGCAGGCGUUCAUCUCGGCUUUGUACGAUGGGCGCGAGCACAGCCUCCAGUCGCUGUUCAUGGCUGUUGAUAACGCCAUUCGCGCGACUCCGAACGCGCGCUUCUCGCAGAGGCCGCAACUGAGCGGGUCGCAUCCGAUAGAUAUUACUCGGAAGUUCACGAUGUGA